UAAUGAUCCUCUCCGAAGAUGGAUGGCCUUAUAACGGAGAUCAAGACAAUAACCCAUGACCAGAGAUCUGCUCUGACGGCUUCAGGGGAAAUUUCUCAGCAUACCAGUCUACAAAGAGGCGAACCUACACCGAGCGCUUCUUCCAAUACAGAGCCAGCAUCCGCGAGUGAUAUUUUAGCAAUACUGAAGGCAAAUCCAGAUCAGGAUGAGAUAGCUAGAAUUCUUUUCAUCCUCGAUCCAUCUCAUGCGAAGGAUCAUUCAGCGCAUUUUAGCAUCAGAGUCCCAAACCCGACAACAGCCCAGAUCCUCAACGCUUUAGUAAGCAUUACAGUUCCGGAUCAUUGGGACUCUAUCAAUGCAGGCUCGAAAGGUUCCAAGACUGGUAAUUCUAGACUCCGCGCUGCUUUGCUAAGAUGCCUCAGCAGUGUGCCCGGCAUCAGUUGCUUGGUGGCCCAACUCCGCUCGCUGAUCGCGUCCUCCCGAGCAUCGUCUCAACAGGCAAAUGCAUCCGGCAGUCAAAUCCAGAUCAGGAACAUUCUUGCUAUUAUAUCCGCCUUGCUGGAGCCAAAGGAGCUGGCUUUACGCCUAUACACUGAUAUAGACAUGCUUUACAACAAUGUAACUCAAAAGCAAGUGGCUUGGAAAGAACUGGUGUCGCUUCUCGCGGCCAGUAGAAUCCUGUCGGUGUCGGCGGAAGCUCUCUCAUUAAUUCGGGACGUUAAUGCCCCCAGUAAAAUCGCCUGGAUUGGGGAAGGGCCUCAGUAUGCAUCAUGGCUCGGUACCAAUAUCUAUCAUAUGGCUUCAAAGCUUCCUGUUGGUUAUCAAGAGGCGCAUUGGAAAGCACUUGCUUCUCUCACAGGAAGAGCACUAAGCCUUGGGUACACAGAUCAGCUAGUGAGGGAAAUUUACGCCGGAUUGCUUAUCCGUCAGUCUCUUUCAGAGCAAUACAUCUCGCUCUAUGAACAUCUUCGCUGGACUGAACAGCUCGCUGUGCUAGAAGGCAUAUUUCGCGAUAUUGAGAAAAAAUACUUUUUGUCCGAGUCCCUAGAUGAAAGCGAUGUUUCCGCGAACCACGUUGUGAAUGGUGUCGCGGCUCUGUGUUCAAUUCUUUUAUCGAAGCGACCUAAUCUUGAAGGCCAAUUGAUUGACUGGCUUUCAAAAGGCCAUGGUGGCUCAGUACAAACAGUUCGACUGCGUAGGGCACUAUUGGUGAACUUAGCUCACCAAAAAGACCUAAUUGUAACCUUGUUGACCAGAAGUCUCGAACAAUCUGCUGAUAAAAUUUAUAUACAACAUGCACCGCUGCGCAGUCAAGAAGCAAACACAGAAGUUGUUCUUCUUGCCGCUGGCUAUCUUCAGCGCCUUGACCCGGAUUCCAUGAAGCACAUUGGCCGUACUGGGAUAUUCCUCAAUGCCGUUUCAAACCGUCUCGCAGCAGCUUCUACGAAGGCCCGUUUCCUGGGUAUGCUUAUCGGAACCGCAAUUUCUCAACUUAUCGAACAGCCUGGGAAAGCAAUGAAAUUCGAUCUCGAAGAAAUGGAGAGCAGCGAAGCAAAUUGGUAUAUGAAUCUUAUUCAAGUAAGCGACAGACUCGGGUCCGUGGAUUCACUGAAAGCGCCAGAAGAAAACACGACGAUGUCGCACCAGAAGCCCAGAAAGACUUUGUUUUCUAUGGCAAAUCCUUCUUCCACAUCAUCCGGUCAGCGCUCGGCCAAGAUCGUGGCCAUAGAAGAAAUCAGUGCUUCAGAUGGCGAUGAUGAUGAUGAUGAUGAAGCCGAAGAUGAUGACCUUAUUCCCUACGAAAAACCUGAUGAAGAUCCAUCAGACUCCGACGAGGACCCCACCUUGAUACAGCGUAAUAAGCCAACUGCUCCAGUGUAUAUUCGCGAUCUCAUAACGUAUCUGAGAGAUACAGAGAAUGUAGACCGCUAUGAACUAGCAAUCACCACAGCUCCUUCACUGAUCAGACGCAAAACCGGCUUCGGAACAGAACUCGCAGAGCACACGGAUGAGCUUGCUCUUGUCUUAGUCGGCUUACAAGAGCAAGCCAAGUUUCCAAAAUUCCACGAAUAUCGUUUGCAGAGCAUGAUUGCUCUAGUAGUCUCACAGCCUCUAAAGAUGGGCCGAUGGUUCUCCGCUAUCUUCUUUGAUGGAGAUCUAUCCCAAGUCCAACGGUCUGCAAUCCUCACAACGCUCGGCCUCAGUGCCCGGGAACUAGCCGGAGCAGGCGAGGAAGACGCAAAAGCUCUAGGUCUUCCGGCGUUACAAGACUCGUCCUUCCCAUCAAAGAAACUUCCCGCAAACCUAGAGACACUAUAUCUUACCGAUGAAUCCCCAAUCGCCAGUCUAACAAAGUCACUCUCACAAGCGUCCCUCCAGCCAUUGGCAGCAAACGCGGCCGACUCACUUUCUGGGCCCAACGCCCUAAAAGUGCGCACAUUCUCCUCCCGAAUGGAAGUCGAAAAAAGACGCAAGGAGCGCGAAGCCCAUCGUCAAAAGUCCACAGUGAAGGAUCUCUACAAAGUUCUCUCCGAAGGGUUCUUCUACCCGCUGACAGGCCGGUUCGAAAUCAUGAUACUGCAAUUCUCGUCGUCGACUGCCCCAUCACAUAACCCAUUCCUAGUCCCACAUCUUCUCUGCCUGUUCAUCCAAACUCUAACACUGACCCUAUCAACAAUGGGUCCUCACACACCUUUCCUACGCUCUCUUACCCAGGAAACACUGACAUUCCUCCUCUCCCUUCAUGCACGCCCUGUCUCUGAAGAACCGAGCAUCUUGGCUGCUCUUCUGUCGCUCUUCCUAGCAGUGAUCGAUUUAAAUGUCGGAUCCGGUACCUCAGGUGAAGAGCAACUAGUGACCGAGUUUGCCACGCAGGUCAUGGAACUGCGUGAGUGGGCCGGGGAGAUUUUUGAUCGUACCCCUGCGACACGAGAUACCAGUGAUCCCCGAGAACAGGUGCGAACGUUGUCCGCGGGAGUUAUGGUGAAAUUAGGCGAGGUGAUGGAGAGAUACCAGGGUCGGCUAAUGGGCGUCAAUUCUGGGUUUAAAUACUGAUCUAGAUCUUAUUUAAGUAGUUGGGUAAAGGUGAAACUCGUGGCUUUCUUCAUCAGUACAUGAACGUGUAUUAUAAUAAUUAUUCGAGCACUGU